UAUUCCGAUAUAGUAGUAUUUUAUUUUCAGUCACAAAACAUUAGAGCCCUAACAAAAUUUUCGUGUUGAAAACUUUUCGCAGUUUCUUUGACUUUGCAAAAAAUAUGGCGGAGAAUAUUGAGAAGAAUUCAAAUAGAUCGGUAGCUAACACCGUGGCAAAGAGAGAAUCCCUUUGCGAUAUUAGCAGCAGUUCUUUGGACGCAGGGACUCUUUCAUCUGAUUUAGAACUGGAACGAAUUGUGGCAAAGACUUUGGGACAGCUUCAAGCGAUACCCCACUUUGGCGACCUGUAUGUGAAUGACUUAGUGGAUGUGAUUAUGCCAAAAAUUAGGAGCGAAGUAUUCGGCUAUGACCGAGCCUACAAGGAUGUUCAGAAUAUACAAGAAUCCCUGGAUACAAAUCUACAGCAGGUGCAAGUAGUAGAUCAGGACAUAGCUGAUAUAUUUUUAGAUUUCCACAAUGUAUAUAGGAAGCUUGAAAAAUUCGAUGAAAGUGGCAGCAAGUUGAGCAGCGCAAAAAAGGUAAAGUUGAUAAGGCAUGUCAAAGAAGCUGAGGAAUUUCAGAAUCGUUCGCGGCAUUAUCUUUCAAAUGAUCCCAAAGAGAUGAGUGCCAAGCUUGUUGGUCCCCCAAAGGAACCCCCAUCAAAUCCCAAGGGGGACUAAUCCCACAUAAGAGGCAUUGUGUGAACCUUUCCACGGAGCUCACUGAGAGAAGGACGUUUCUCACCAACAUGAUAGCGUUCAAGAAAUCGGACUAUUCGUUUCAACUUAAUCGCUUCAAAACUUACUUCAGUGAUGUCCAGCAUGCAAUAAAUUGUCAUGAGUAAUAAAUUAAUAUGUACUUUGUUUUAAA